AUGCCUUUCCCAUUCUCCGAGAUAUGCACUCUGCUACAACGACUCGAGGACGUCGAACUCCAUUAUCCGGCAUUCCUCCCGCCUCAAAAGGUCGUCAGAAACCGAGAGCUCGUCGAGAGCUGGUUCAAGUCGCAUCGAAGGCACAUCAACGAGCUUGACGUCCAUGGAUCGACAGCAUUGCUUUCCGCAAUUUUGCCAGAACGACGGACCGACCGAGUCUAUGGUAUUCAGGAGCAAUCUCUGUGCCGCAUACUAGGCCGAGCCUUGGGCCUGGGCGCAAGCCGAAGACCUGAUCUCGAGGCCUACAAAAGAUUUGGAUCCGGUGACCUGGCGGAAUGCCUCGAAAGAGUCCUCAAAGCUGGAGGGCAAGAGGCGACGAGAGGCAAUGCUGCGGUCACCCUUGAAGAAGUCGAUGACAUGCUUCAGCUCCUUGCUGGACAUUGCCGAUUCUCCGAUCCUUCUGUCCCACGACUGCCGCCAGGUUCAUCAGAAGCUCGUGAUGCGACUCUGGUAUACAUCUUGAAACGCAUCGGACCUCAGGAAGGAAAGUGGCUUUGUCGACUGAUCCUCAAGAAUUUCAAACCGCUCUGCAUCGAUGAAACAUUGAUCCUGAAGAACUUCCACUUCCUCUUACCCGACUUGCUGCGAUUUCAGAGAGAUUUCGAGGCCGCGGUAUCUCUUCUGAAAGGCGAAUUGGCCGAGUAUCACAGCAAUCCUGAUCCUCGAUCUCAACGGCUUCUACGGGAAGCCGCAAGCUCAAAGAUCCGUCCAAGAGUCGGCACCAAGGUCGGCAGGCCUACUUUCCACAAGGCCCGAGGAAUUGACUACUGCCUCGACACAAUGCUGAAGGGAAAGAAGUGGAAUCUGGAGCGCAAGUACGAUGGGGAGUACUGCGAGGUACACAUCGACCUUUCGAGAUCAUCUGUGCCUGCCGAGUGUAUCCAGAUAUUCUCCAAGAGUGGGAAGGAUUCGACCAUGGACCGCAGCCUCAUCCAUCGGACUUUGGUCGACUCUCUCCGCCUCGGAAGACCUGAUUGCAGAUUUAAGAAGCAGCUCAUAAUUCUUGGAGAGCUUGUGGUCUACUCCGAUAAGGAACAUCGUGUACUCCCUUUCGAGACGAUCAGAAAAUAUGUCACGCGCUCUGGAGUUCCCCUCGGCACAGAGAAGGAUUCUCAGAGACACGCCCAUGAACAUCUUGCCAUAGUCUUCUUUGACCUUCUCCUCUUCGAUGACGAGAUUGUGAUGAACAAGCCUGUGGACGAGCGUCGAAUCUGGUUGCGCGAAGCCUACCAAAAGAUUCCGGGUCGAGUCAUGGCUGCAGAGUGGAAAGUGAUCAACUUCGAUGGGUCUUCGAAGGCCAAGAAGUCGUUGAUGCAACAAUUUGGAAUGUCAAUAGCUCAUCGCUGCGAAGGCCUGAUCCUCAAGCCUUGCGAGGUUCCUUACUUCUCUCUGGAUGGCAGCAACGACGAUUACAAGAAGAGUUUCAUCAAGGUCAAGAAGGACUAUAUCACGGGCCUGGGAGACGAAGAAGACUUUGCAAUCAUUGGUGCGAGCUACCAUGCAGCGCAACAGCCUGUCAACGCCAGCAGGCUCAUCAAGUGGAAUACGUUCUAUCUCGGCUGCUUGAUGAACAAGGAAGAUGUUCAACGACUUGACUCGAAGCCCAUCUUCAAACACGUCGGUACUGUUGACCAAGAACAUUGCAUCCCAAAGGCUGUGCUUGAAACGGCAAAUAUUCUGGGACGGCUCUCGGAGCAGCCGUACACGUCGAUUCAGUCGUCCAGGAAGUUCGAUGUGGUUUCGGCAUCCACAGUAAAGAUGUCGGUGGUCUUCGAGAAGCCACUCGUUUUCGAAGUGCUCGGCUCUGGCUUCGUGAAGCCUUCAGACUGCGACUUUCUUAUGCUUCGCCACCCGAGAGUCAAGAAACUACACGAAGAUCGUACUUGGCUGGACUGUGUCACAUUUCAAGAACUGCAGCAACAUGGCAAGGCUGCAAGGGCAGCACCAGACUCUGAAUCUCAAGAGACAGCGCGCUGG